CCCAAAAUUUGAAUUCGCUUCGCCCGCUACUCGCGAAAGUCUUUCUUCUUCGUCAGAAAACCCUCCAUUGAAACUCAACUCUUCUUCCUCUCUGUUACUCGAACAGUUCGUCUCUUCUCUCUCUCUCUCUCUUUUCAUGGCCAUUCUGUGAAACAUGGCGGCGAUGGAGAAGCUAUUUGUGCAGAUCUUUGAGAGGAAGAAGUGGAUCAUUGACCAGGCCAAGCACCAGACCGAUCUCUUCGACCAACAACUUGCGUCCAAGCUCAUUAUCGAUGGAAUUGUUCCUCCGACUUGGCUCCACUCGCCUUUUCUUCAUUCCAACAUUUCGCAUUUUGAAGGUGUAGGAGUGAGCAGAAAUUUUGUUCCUGGAGUUGAGGUCCCACGGUCGCCGCUUCAGACCCAUCGUUCUAGUUUGAAUGAGGCAUUUGUUGCAAACAGUGGGGAGGAAUUGCAGCAAAGGUCGAAUGAAGAUGCUGGUUCUUUAAACGAUGAUUUUGAUGCAGGAAUUAGGCCUCCAGUUUUACCUCAGUGCGAUACAAGUGACGCCUGUGUCUUAAAUUGCGCAACUCGUGUUGACACGAGUCCUGUUUCUCCCCAAGGUCGAGGAGGCGUAGUUUUAGAAAACUACCAAGAUCCUACUCUGUCACGGGCACGGUUACAUAGAUCUAAAUCUAGGCAAAGGGCUUUAGAGUUGCGUAAUAGCGCGAAAUCUGCUAGGUGCCACUCCCGGUAUGAGAACAAGAAUGAUUCCGUUGCUGAUGGGCUCGGGGGAUCUGCUAUUAGUUUGCUGCAAGCUGAUGACGAAGAUGAAUCAUUGGCAAAGCCUUCUAGCAGCUGUAAGGGAAUUGGUUCUAUGGAAGAGGAGACUAAUGUUUGUUGCGAGCAGAAGAAUAUCUCUAUUUGCUCUGAUAAAUCUAGGCAAAGGGCUUUAGAGUUGCGUAAUAGUGUGAAAUCUUCUAGGUGCAACUCCCGGUAUGAGAAUGAGAAUGAUUCCGUUGCUGAUGGGAUUGUGAGAUCUGCUAUUAGUUUGCUGCAAGCUGAUCACGAAGAUGAAUCAGAAUUGGCAAAGCCUUCUAGCAGCUGUAAGGGAAUUGGUUCAGUGGAAGAGGAAACUAAUGUUUGUUGCGAGCAGAAGAAUAUCUCUAUUUGCUCUGAUAAAGUUACAAUAGUUGGAAGCCCUGGGUUGCAAAGUAGCUCUAUUGAUUUGGUUAAUUCUUUAAAUAUUUACUUAGAAAAUGAAGGGUUAUGUGUAGCGGAAGGUUCAAUGCAGAAUUCUUAUAAAGUGAAUGAGCAAUUUGACUCGCCUAGAACUUCUUCGGGAAAGAUUGGAUACUGUGAAGAAGGGCCGGCAUGUUGCAGGAGCCAGGAAUCUAAUUUUGAUAACGCUGAACUGUCUAGGAUGCAAUGUAGCUCUUUGGAUGUGGAUAAAUCUCCACGCAUUCCCCCUGAAGAUGGAAGAGGGUGUCCUAUAGGAGGAUCAAAAUUGCAUUCUGAUCAAGUGGACGAGCAACUGGACUUGCCUAAACCUUCUUCUGACAAUGUUGAGUGCGGUGAAGAGGCAGUAUUAGUAGACUGCAGGAGCCAGGAAUGUAAUCUUGACAAUGCUCUACAGUCCGAGUCACAACGAAGUUCUUUGGAUGUGGACGAUUCAGCAUGCAUUGAUGCCACUGAUGGAAGAUUAUUGGACUUGUCUAAUCCUUCUUCUGGCAAUGUCAAAUGCCGUGAAGAAACUCUUUUAGGACAUUGUAGGAGCCACGAAUUUAAUUUUGAUAAUGCCCGAGAGGCUGGGUUGCUAUACAACUCCCAGGAUGUAGAUAAGUCUUCAUACGUCCACUCUGAGGACGGACGAUCAUGUCCUAAUGGAAGUUCAGAAGUGCAUUCUGAUGAACUGAAAGAGCAAUUGGACUUAUCUAAAUCUUCUUCCGACAAUAUGGAGUGUUGUGAAGAAGAAAUAUUAGGAGAUUUCAGGAAUCAGGAGUAUAAUUUUAAUAAUGCUCAAAAGUCUGGGAUGCAACAUAACUCCCUGGAUGCGGAUAAUUCAUCAUGCUUUUCUUCUGAAAAUGGAACUUGUUCUGUUGGAAGUUCAAAACUACAUUCCGAUCGAGUGAGUGAGCCGUUGGAGUUGUUUAGGUCUUCUUCUACCAAUGUUGAAUGCCAUGAAGAAGGACUAGGAAACUGUAGGACCCAAGAUUGUAAUUUUGAUAAUACUGCAGAAAAGUCUGGUUUAGACAAAAUUUCCAGUUCACCAAUAACGGAAGUAAGGGAGAAAACAUCAGAUAAGAAGCCCUCCACUUCCGUGGAUAACAAGAGGGAUGUUAAUGAAAAAGAAAAAUGCAAUUCAUCCCUUCACAUGCCUAUACCGCAGAUUCAGGUCGACUCAUUGAACGAAGACGAAUAUGAUAAAGAUGUAUAUGAAUCUCAAAGUGAAAAGAGAUAUGAUAAAGAAGUAGCUACUUGUUCUUUGCUGCAAAGUGAUGAACCUGCAGAACAGAAGAUUUCUUUGAAAGACGGAGUGCCGAAUUUGCAGUAUUCCCAUGAAAAUGCAGUUGAAAUUCAACUAGUGGAUACAGACGAUGCAUCAAUUCUGAUAAGAGAUACAGAAACGUUUAGAGAUCAAAUGGUCAUGGCUCCUUGUGUUCCUUCCGCUGGUGAGGGGGAUAGUAAUUUGGAGCAGCAACUAAAAAGUUCAGGCAUAACUCAGUGUGAAGAUUCAGAUUCCUUUGAGGGUUGCACUGAUCACAUGGUCAUGGCUCCUUGUGUUCCUUCCGCUGGUGAGGGGGAUAGUAAUUUGGAGAAGCCACUGAAAAGUUCAAGCAUAACUCAGUGUGAAGAUUCAGAUUCCUUUGAGGGUUGCACUGAUCACUUGAAUGGUAACCAUCAUUACUUAUCAACUGAGUGCCAGACUGCAGAGACAUCAAUAGAGUUAAAAACUUUCAGCUCAGUUUUGAGGGCAUCUAGUUCCGACCAAAAGGAGAUAGAGGUUGAGCUGCAAUUGGACAAUGGUAUUCCAGCGUCUUUAGGCUUGAGGAGUGAGCAACUUCAAAUUAUCAACAGGAGUCCCAUAGAUAAAAACUUGAUGCAGGAAUUUGACACUGAAAAACCUGUCCUUGAACUUCAACGAUUAUCAUUUUGUGAAGAAGGUUACCAACAACCAAAUGUGAGCAUCGGCCCCAUUGAAAUGUUGCUAUUGGAAAAAGAAGCUCACAUAAUUCAGGGGUCUGAUUCUUCACCCACGCUUCCAGUCAAAGAGGACCUCUCUCGGUUCGGAAGCAAUAACAGAGGUACACCAUUGCAAAAUGGUAUGCUAGAGAGCCAAAGUUUGGUUCCCGAAGAAAAUUUUCAGUGUGGAGAUAUUGAACUUCCUAUGGAUACUGGGAAAACUGAUGGAAUGGAGGAAAAGGGGAAACUUACUUUGUGCUCGCUUCAUACUCCGCUUACCCAAACUUCUCAUUAUCUUGGUGCAGACAAGGAUAUGCCUGCUUUAGAGGGGUUCCUAAUGCAAUCUGAUGACGAAGAGCCAUGCAUUUCUGUUGGUGGAAUCAACUUUGACAAAUUAGAUCUUUCAAAAUGUAUGAUAGAACGUGCUAGCAUCUUGGAGAAAAUUUGUAAAUCUGCUUGUAUGAACAGUACAUUAUCCUCACCUUCAGAAAGUUUUAGGCUGAACAAGGUGACAGAUUUGUACAAUUCUCUUCCUAAUGGUCUACUAGAGUGCAUGGACUUGAAGAAUAACCUUCUGAUGAAUGAUCAAAAUAAGCUACUGAAGAAUGGUAGUAACUUUUUGAAUGGAGAAGUCAACUGCUCUCCUCAUGGGUCUUCUUUUGAUUGCCUGCAAAGCUUUAGCAGUCAUUCAGCUGGUGAUCUCAGGAAGCCAUUUGCAUCUCCGUUUGGUAAGUUGUUGGAUAGAAAUUCAUUAAAUUCGUCAAGUUCUGGAAAACGAAGCAGCCAGAACAUAGAGCUUCCUUGCAUUAGUGAGGAAGCUGAGAAUACCGAUGAGAUUGAUAACGAGUUUUCGAAGGAUAUAAGAUCGAGCAAGCGAGCACCACUUGUUGACAUUACAGAAGAUGCAAAUGUCAAGGUAACAGUUUCUGAAGCUGCGACGGUUGCUGAUAGAUUGAGUUUAGAAUCUUUAAUCAUCGAACUCAGCAACACAGGGACUCAUAUUGGGACCAAAGAGAAUCUGGGAAACCAGAAAAGCAGCAAGAGGAAAUAUGUGAAUGAGGCUGUGAGUCGUGAUACCUUGCCAGGAGAAAACGGUGCUAAAAGAGUCACUAGAUCAUCCUAUAAUACAUUUAGCCGGUCAGAUUUAUCCUGUAAAAAAGAUUUCAGAAAGGAAGGUCCUCGAUUCUCUGAAAAGGAAUCCAAGCAUAGAAAUAUCGUGUCCAAUAUAACUUCUUUUAUUCCUCUUGUCCAACAAAGAGAAGCUGCAACUAUUUUGAAAGGGAAGAGAGAUAUUAAGGUGAAGGCCAUCGAAGCUGCUGAGGCUGCAAAACGUGUUGCAGAAAAGAAAGAAAAUGAACGUCAAAUGAAGAAAGAAGCCCUGAAACUUGAAAGAGCAAGAAUGGAACAAGAGAAUUUGAGGCAGAUUGAACUGGAUAAAAAGAAGAAAGAAGAAGAGCGGAAGAAGAAGGAGGAAGAAAGGAAGAAAAAGGAGGUUGAUAUGGCAGCAAAGAAAAGACAGAGGGAAGAAGAAGAGAGGAAGGAGAAAGAAAGAAAAAGAAUGCGUGUUGAAGAAGUUAGGAGACGAUUACGAGAGCAUGGUGGGAAGUUACGAUCUGAUAAAGAGAAUAAGGAAGCAAAACCCCAAGCCAAUGACCAAAAACCACGUGACAGAAAGGGAUGUAAGGAUGGGACUGUCAAACUGGUCAAGGAAAGUGGACAUGACAGCUUUCACAAAUUCUCGGUUACUGAGUCUAAGACUACUUCUACAAGCGAUGCUGUGAGGGGAAGCUUUGUUGUGGAGGACUCACAACCAACGAGUGUUGAUUUUCUAGAGGCAGAGGCACUUGAAAAUGUGAUGGAACAUAGAAUCUACGAAACAAGUGAAGAACAAUCAUAUCAGAUCUCUCCUUACAAAGCUUCUGAUGAUGAGGAUGAAGAGGAUGACGAUGACGGCAUACAAAAUAAUAAAUUUGUUCCUUCAUGGGCCAGUAAGGAUCGCUUAGCUGUUCUUUUUGCUUCCCAUCAAAAAUUGGAUCCAGAAAUUAUCUUUCCACCGAAAAGUUUUUGUGACAUAGCUGAAGUUCUCUUGCCUCGACAACAUCAGUUUAAAUAGACAAUAGACCGAACCUUCACAAUGUGGAUAGAUUUUUUAUCUGCAACACAAACAUUCCCCUUUCUGCCUGUGCAAGAGACUUGCCUAGAUUUUGCUGAUUAAUUUCUCAAGGAAUUGCUGCUCAGGUGAUUAGUUUCUUGCUGCUCUAUAACUCUGAAUAGCUAAAUUGAGAUGAUCAUUGUACAACUACGCAGCUUUAUAUGUAGGGUCAAUUUCUUAGCACCAAAAUAAACUAUAAAACCCGGUUCUCACCACCCUCCUUAUGACUGGAUAUCUCAACCAUGAAACAGUCGGGGAAAAGGCUGUAGUGAAUUCUUGGUGUUAACCUUCCCUUCUUUUGCUUUGGGGUAGGCAGGGGGAGGAUUUAGGUUACUC